CCUGCCUUUGCGCUUCGACCGCUCCACGCUGCUCCGCCGCGAGCAAUGGUUUACAGGGCAGGGUGCUGGGCGCGCGGCCCCGGGCAGAGGCGCAGUGCUGGGGCGGGACCCCACGGGGUCGCCGGACUUGCUGCUAGCAGCCGACUAUCGUCGUAGGGGACGCGGGGCGCGCGUGGGCCGGGUUGAGCAUGAGGACUCUCCGCAGGUUGAAGUUCAUGAGUUCGCCCAGCCUCAGUGACCUGGGCAAGAGGGAGCCGGGCGCGGCGGGCGCGGACGAGCGGGGCACACAGCAGCGCCGGGCCUGCGCCAACGCCACCUGGAACAGCAUCCAUAACGGCGUGAUCGCUGUCUUCCAGCGCAAAGGGCUGCCUGACCAGGAGCUCUUCAUCCUCAAUGAGGGUGUCCGGCAGCUGCUGAAGACAGAGCUUGGGUCCUUCUUCACUGAGUACCUGCAGAACCAGCUGCUCACGAAGGGCAUGGUCAUCCUUCGCGACAAGAUACGUUUCUACGAGGGACAGAAGCUGCUGGACUCUCUGGCGGAGACCUGGGAUUUCUUCUUCAGUGACGUGCUGCCCACACUGCAGGCCAUCUUCUACCCUGUGCAGGGCAAGGAGCCAUCGGUGCGCCAGCUCGCCCUGCUCCAUUUCCGGAACACCAUCACCCUCAGCGUGAAGCUGGAGGACGCUCUGGCCCGCUCCCACGCGCGCGUUCCCCCUGCCAUCGCACAGAUGCUGCUGGUCCUGCAGGGAGUACAUGAGUCCAGGGGUGUGACCGAAGACUACCUGCGCCUGGAGACACUGAUCCAGAAGGUGGUGUCGCCGUACCUGGGCACCUAUGGCCUCUACUCCAACGAAGGGCCCUGUACCCAUUCCUGCAUCCUUGAGAAACGGCUCCUACGCCGCUCCCGCUCAGGGGAUGUCCUAGCCAAGAACCCAGUGGUGCGCUCCAAAAGCUACAAUACACCCCUGCUCAAUCCUGUGGCUGAGCAUGAAGCAGAGAGCACUGCAGCCGGUGGCGCAAGCGUCCGCAGGCACUCCGUCUCUGAGAUGACGUCUUGUCCUGAGCCCCAGGGCUUUGUGGACACACCCGGCCAGGGCCCUUCUGGGACCUUCAGGUCUUCUCCAACGCCCCACUCAGGACCUUGCCCCAGCAGACUGUACCCCCCUGCCCAUUCCCCUGAGCAGGGCCCAGCCCAUGGCUCCCCUCCCACCUCCAGCCCGGAGACACUGGUGGACCAGAUCCUGGAGUCCGUGGACUCAGACUCCGAAGGGAUAUUCAUUGACUUUGGGAGGGGUAGUCGCUCUAGUAUGUCUGACUUUGAGGCAACCGGAGGGAGGCCAAGUGUCGUGUGAUGGAUAGCCUGAGGUCAGUUCGUGUUUUUACUGACCCGUGUGUGUGUGUGUGUGUGUGUGUGUGUGUGUGUGUGUGUGUGUGUGAGAGAGAGAGAGAGAGA